AUGGAAAAAACCAGCAAAGAGUACACUGAAGCAGACAAGAAAGCUGUGGAGAAGAAUUUUUGUGCCAAUAAAAUUCUAGUAUGUGGAAUGGGACCUAAAGAGUACAAUAGAAUCUCCACCUGCGACACUGCCAAGGAGAUAUGGGAAGCUUUGCAAAUAGCUCAUGAGGGAACUACACAAGUAAAACAGUUUGAAGAUGAACCUGAUACUAGUGAUAGUUCCAUAAUGGCACUGAAAAUGAGGAACUUGUUGGAAGAAUUCAAACGCUACUACGGUAUUCGCAAGCCUUCAAUUCUUGGAGUUCGGGAACAUAUAUUUACUGGUUCUGUGUCAUCCCUUGCUUGGUUCAUGUCAGCUCAGGAAAUGAGUUUUGUAACCCUGGGACAGCGUGUAUUGGCCAACCCCCUGAAAAUCCGAAUGCAUUAUGGACAUCCAGAUGUCUUCGACAGGUUUUGGUUUCUAACAAGGGGAGGAAUAAGCAAGGCAUCCAGAGUGAUCAACAUCAGCGAGGACAUUUUUGCUGGCUUCAACUGCACACUGCGAGGUGGCAAUGUCACCCACCAUGAGUACAUUCAAGUUGGCAAAGGAAGAGAUGUUGGGUUGAACCAAAUAUCUAUGUUUGAAGCCAAGGUUGCCAGUGGCAAUGGUGAACAAGUUCUUAGCAGAGAUGUCUAUAGGUUGGGUCAUAGGCUGGAUUUCUUCAGAAUGCUCUCUUUCUUUUAUACAACUGUAGGAUUUUUCUUCAAUACAAUGAUGAUUGUCCUCACUGUAUAUGCAUUCUUAUGGGGACGACUUUACCUUGCACUUAGUGGGGUUGAGGAUUCUGUUGCUGCAGAUACCACCGACAACAACAAAGCACUUGGUGCCAUACUGAACCAGCAAUUCAUCAUCCAGUUGGGUCUUUUCACUGCGUUACCAAUGAUAGUGGAGAAUUCUCUUGAGCACGGUUUUCUUACAUCUAUUUGGGAGUUUCUAACAAUGAUGCUUCAACUUUCAUCUGUAUUUUACACAUUCUCGAUGGGAACUCGUGCUCAUUACUUUGGUCGUACUAUUCUUCAUGGUGGUGCAAAGUACCGGGCCACUGGGCGUGGUUUUGUGGUGCAGCACAAGAGUUUUGCUGAGAAUUAUCGGUUAUAUGCUCGUAGCCAUUUUGUAAAGGCAAUUGAACUUGGUCUGAUACUUACAGUGUAUGCUUCAUACAGCCCUGUUGCCAAAGGAACUUUUACAUAUAUAGCACUGACCAUCUCGAGUUGGUUCCUGGUGCUGUCAUGGAUCGUGGGGCCCUUUGUGUUUAAUCCUUCUGGGUUUGAUUGGUUAAAGACAGUGUAUGAUUUUGAUGAUUUCAUGAAUUGGGUAUGGUACCGUGGUAGUGUUUUUGCAAAGGCAGAACAGAGCUGGGAAAAAUGGUGGGACGAAGAACAGGAUCAUUUAAGAACGACAGGUUUGUGGGGAAAGAUACUGGAAAUUAUCCUAGACCUUCGCUUCUUCUUUUUCCAGUAUGGCAUUGUAUAUCAGCUAGGUAUUGCUGCUGGAAACAAAAGCAUUGCUGUUUACUUGCUUUCAUGGAUUUAUGUGGUGGUGGCUCUUGGCUUUUUUAAUAUUACAGCUUAUGCUCGGGAUAAAUAUGCUGCAAGGGAGCACAUAUACUUUCGACUUGUGCAGCUCCUUGUUGUAGUCUUUUUCAUAGUCGUAAUUGUUGCUCUGCUGCAGUUCACAGCUUUUAGAUUUAGUGAUCUCUUCAUCAGCCUAUUGGCUUUCAUUCCUACUGGUUGGGGUUUCAUUUCAGUUGCCCAAGUGUUACGUCCCUUUCUGCAAAACACUAUGAUAUGGGGAACUAUUGUGUCUAUGGCGCGGCUAUAUGAGAUAAUGUUCGGGAUUAUUGUCAUGGUACCCGUGGCAGUACUUUCUUGGUUGCCUGGUUUCCAGCCAAUGCAAACAAGGAUCCUAUUCAAUGACGCAUUUAGUAGAGGUCUGCGGAUAUUCCAGAUUGUGACUGGAAAAAAGCCUAAGAGUGACUUGUGAUUUGAGGACUCAAUGGAACAUUUUGUAUAAGUGAUCCAUGUACUUCAUUGUCCAAUAUACAUCUAACAACUAAGCGCGGGAUGAACAUUAGUGUGAAGUAGUAGAUACAGUACAGAGUUUGAGAGGCUAGGAGGUUCGAUAUUUUUUUUCCUGUAGAGCUUGUAGUGUGAAUUAUACUGUGUACUUGGAUUGCUAUUAGUUUGGUUGAAGCAGCAGCCAGAGUUUUUAUUAAAGGUUCAUCUUUUGUAAUUGUUGUAAUCAUAUGUUUCGUCUGUAGUAGUGCACAGAUGAAGAGCAUUAUCUCUUAUUUUAGAAUCCCGCAAAAUUCAUAUAGUACAGAUCUUUGAGUUUCUA